UUCAGUACAUUGUGCUGCUUGGGGCACUACAACCCCCAAGAUGUCGGAACGCUGGAUCACGCGAGCAGCAAGCGGAGGCAUGGUCGCGACGUCGCAGCUGGGCCCGGGGUUGAUGCUAUUGUUGAUGUCGGCUUUGGCCACCGCACGCCGCGACCACGCACACCCAGAACGGCAUCGACACCGGGCCCCGGACCCGCUGGUCGUGCAUACCAGCAAGGGCGCAGUGCGUGGGUUUGCCACCACGUCCGCCACUGGAAAGCCAGUACACGUCUUCUACGGCAUCCCCUACGCACAGCCUCCCGUCGGUGCAUACCGCUUCCGGCAUCCGCAUCCUGUGGAACCAUGGAAAGACAUCCUCAAUUGCACGGUCCGGCCAUCGUCAUGUUACCAGAUAGUGGACACUACCUUUGGAGACUUCUCCGGAAGUACCAUGUGGAACGCGAAUACAAACAUGAGCGAGGACUGCCUUAACAUCAACGUGUGGGUGCCGCAACCGAGGCCUCCUAAUGCUGCAGUCCUAGUGUGGAUCUAUGGGGGUGGUUUCUACAGUGGGACGAGUACGCUCGAUGUGUACGACGGCCGCACGCUGGCCACGGAAGAGAAGAUCAUUGUGGUGUCGAUGAAUUACCGCGUAGCCUCACUUGGCUUUCUUAGCUUGGGCAACACCGACGUGCCGGGAAACGCCGGCCUGUACGAUCAACUAAUGGCGCUCCAGUGGGUGCAGGAGAACAUCGCGGCCUUCGGCGGUAACCCGCGUAAUGUGACACUGUUCGGCGAGUCCGCGGGCGCCGUCAGCGUGAGCAUGCACCUUCUGUCGCCGCUGAGCCGUGAGCUGUUCUCACAGGCAAUCAUGCAGAGUGGCACGGCCACAGCUCCCUGGAGCCUUCACGAUCGGCCCGCAGCGACAGCGGCAGCUCUGAGGCUCGCCGAGGCCCUGAAAUGCCCGCAUUCACUGGACGAGCUCGACAAGAUGAUGGAGUGUCUGCGGUCCCAGGACCCGGGGGACAUCGUCAAUAACGAGACAGGAAGCUUCGGUGUCGUGGAGUUUGCGUUCCUGCCCGUGGUGGACGGCGGUUUCCUUGUCGAGCCGCCUCGCACGUCUCUAGCGUCGCGGAACUUCAAGAAAACGCGGGUGCUCCUGGGCUCAAAUCGGGAUGAGGGUACCUAUUUCCUCGUCUACUUCCUAACGGAACUCUUUCGCCGCGACGAUAACGUCUAUCUGACGCGUGAUGACUUUGUACGCACGGUGCGAGACCUGAACCCAUAUGUGAGUGACCUGGUCCUACAAGCGAUCGUGUUCCAGUAUACCGAGUGGCUCAACCCGGACGACACCAUCAAGAACCGGGACGCUGUCGACAAGAUAGUGGGAGACUACCACUUCACCUGCUCUGUCACAGAAUGGGCCUUCCACUAUGCUCUGACGGGGGCCGAAGUGUACAUGUACUACUUCACACACCGGUCGUCGCAGAGUGCAUGGCCACAGUGGAUGGGUGUCAUCCACGGGGAAGAGAUUGCCUACCUGUUCGGGGAACCGCUCAACGAGAGUCGCGGCUACAGACCCGACGAAGUGUUGCUCUCGAAGAGGAUGAUGCGCUACUGGGCCAACUUUGCCAAAACGGGGAACCCGAACCUAUGUGAGGAUGACACGUGGGAGCGUAUCUACUGGCCCGUGCACACGGCCUACGGGAAGGAGUAUCUCACGCUGGCCGUCAACUCCAGCCUCGUGGGUUAUGGCCACAGGGCAAAGUACUGUGCCUUCUGGCAAGAGUUUCUACCUCAACUCGUCAACUUAUCAUGCAAAGCCACGUCGACACCCUCGACGACUCCGGUAGUACAAGAGACAACCAGGCAACCUGAAGCCAACAAUAGCAACAUGUCGGCCAUCUGUACGAGCGGCUCGCGUCGCCCUGGUCCCGGCGGCCUCACACUGCCCACUGCGUUGCUGCUGCUGCUACUGCUGCUGGCAGCUCAUCUGCGUCGGACACGGUGCUAACAUCGCAACCCAAGGAACUUCCCCUCUCUCUAUAGUGUCCAACAACAAAUGCGCCGGGAGCCACACUUCCCUUUCGGCAGACUUUCUCAGUACAAAAAAAGAAAAAAAAAUGCUCGGCAGGAUUCCUCGGAAGACGAAGGACACCGCCGCGACAAUCAUACUCUUACUCGGCGUACAUUCUAGGCCCAAAAAAGCCGAAUCUUGGCGUUUCCUUUUCAAACGUUCGAAAGAUGCUCGAACAUUUGUAGCAUUUGCCGGUAAGUCACAGAAGACGGUAGGUAUACGCUGUGGAAACCGUUUUCCAAGCUAUGACCUAAGAAGCAAAAGCAGCCCUGGAGGCGACAGCGUGCUACGAAUGUGUUCGUGUUGUCCUUCCCUUCCGGUAAUAACUCCUUCCGUUUGAGUCCCUUUAAGAAAGAAAGAAAGAAGAAAAAAAAAGCCCCUGGGGGGACAUAUCCGACUCUUGGAAUACAUAUACGUAUUUACUACAUUCUCCAAAUGCUCCGAGACAAUCUGUGCAGCUCAACCUCGACCUUUUCUCGUCAAGUAAAGUGCAGGGGUUGAUGGUUCGUGACACAUGCAGCCCGAUAAAGACAAGCGACCUUAUUUCAACAUGUGCCCAAAUACGUAACAGCACUCUCAAAAGCGGACUUCUCCGGAUCCUCCGCUUAAAGCUUUCACGGUUGCAUAAACCGUGUAUUCACAAGAGCGACACCUCCACGGAAUAUUCUAGUGGAAGAAAAAGGAAAAUGAAAGUUUUGCCGCAUGUUAUGUUGAGCACUUGCACGGUGCCGCAAUAUCGGGAGUUACGUACUGCGCAAUUAUAGCAGACGACAGCGUCUGUGUAUUUUCCUGUCGUCUGCUACGGAAUAUCGUGUGGCUGCAUCGCAAAAUAUUCCUCACUGCUAGCAGCGCCAAUACCACAUAGUUAGAGAAAGCCCCAUCGCCUAAAUGACAUGACGUGGGCAUUGAGAGUCCGCCAUUCAUGACCUGCUUUCCGCGGUCCUAUAGCGUCCUAGCUAAGGUGACGACGAGCAGCCAUGAGCCACAUGGGCAGCCAUUAGUAGCCACAGAAAGCCUGUGUUUGACAUCGUCUGCGGUGAUUGGCUGAAGAGGACGAUGCUCCAGGCUAGUAGUGCGCGAAAAGACGUGACGUAGCUGGAGCCCUCGCGCUUACGUUGUAGCAGAAAGGUAUGAAGUUUCUCGCAUCUUUCACUGCAUGGAGCACUCAGGAAAAUGUCGCUGGCGUGAAUACACGGAAAAUUUAUCACAUUUCAAAAUCCGUAACUGAACAAUAUCUCAAAGGUUACACGAUCAAUAACUGUGUAUAUACUAUGUAUUAAAUUAGCGGUAUGUGGAACAGCUCUACUAGGGGCGGUCACUUAGCACUGGUUUUGACCCUUGAUCAAAAACCAUAAGAAUUUUGCGCUGAAAAAAAGAAAAAGAAAGAAAGCAGACGGGUCAUGUGACAUCCGCUGCUGAGGGUGGCUGCUACGGAAACCGCUCGAUUACGGAGUAUAAGGGUCAUAUGCGGGAGAGACCGUCUCGCUUAUUUCUUUCCUUGUUCCAAUGCGAAGACAAUCGUUGAUGCUACGCGUAUCUAUGUCCCUAAACCACCAUUCCUCAAAACCACUGGAGGGCCACGAGUUGAAGUCCCUCUUGUUUUAUAUUGUUUUUCUUUUUGAACCUUAUACGAUAUACUUGUCAAGCUUAUUCCAUUUUCAUUCCAUUUUAUUUGCGUUCCAGCAGAGUGUGUCCAAAUCAUGUUGCUUGUAUGGCCGAGUGCAUGUGUAUGUAUGAAUAACGAUCACCACUGCGUGUUGUUUAUGAUUAGUUGCUAGAGUCUGUUUUCAAUAAUGGCGGUCCUUCACAUUCGCGUCGCCAUGGAGUUACGCAACGUGACUUGAUAAAUGAAUUUAUGUCAAGGCGACGACACACUCUUUUUGUCCCUUCCCUGCUCGGUGUUUGCUUACACGAAAACUGAUGCUUCUCUUCCUGCUUCGAAAGCCUUUAACAACAACACACACACACAAAAAAAAAAAAAAAGACUGGCCCUGCCAGAGAAUGGUAUUUUGUAUUCUGCUGUGUUACUCGACAUAUCUCUGUCAACACGUUUCCCCCAAACCGCGUUCGGCCCCCUAUAAUCAUAUCAACAGAUUCACUGGCAUCGUAGGUGGCAUUGAGAAAUGGGUGCUACGGGAAAAAAAAAAGAACUCUUCCUUCUCUCCACAUGAAAGAAAAAGAAAAAAUACACUCUAUACACAAGUGACUUUAUUCCUCGAAGGCGGAGCUCAGAAAGCGCCUUCAAUAUCUUCUACAUAGAAAUAUGCAGUUUACAUAUUUAUUAUGCUACGCAGGCGUAGACGCGCUCGGUCAGUGUAGAAGGCUCUGUAGACUUAGAGAGAGAGAGAGAAAUAAAAAAGUCAAUGAAGACCACUUUCCCUACUCUAUAUUGGAUUAUGCGGCGUUGUACAAAAGGAGGUCACUUGUGCCCGGAUGCUAUCCAUAGAAUCCCACGCUAGCCAAUUAUAACUAUACCGUUGUAGCGUGAAAGCUUUCUCUGUACAUAGAGCUCUUCCCCGCAUUCGUCGACACUCCUGCAAGGACCUCCUCCCUGUCCACUUCGUGUAUUCACACGAGAAACAUCCCCACGGAAUAUUCCUGAGAAAGAAGCACUGUCACAGGACGCCGGAAUAUAUCAGGAUUGGCGCGGCGCGCAUAUAGCAGACGACACAAUCGCCUUGUCGUCUGCUACAAAAUACCGUGUGGCUGAUCUGCAAAAUAUUGUCCGUGGUUAGAAGAGCACGAGAAGCUAUGACGUUGAGCGCUACCGCUCACGUGGCAACAGAAAGCUGUGACGUUUUGCGCAUCUUCCGCUGGAGUAUUAUGGGGCAAUGCUGGUCGGUGUGAAUAUACGGAUUGUGUAGCAGCUGGACGCCAGCCACUGCAUGUGACGGUACUAAAGAAGAGCGCGUUUUAUUCAAAGUAAUUAAACGUGUUUAGGGUCAUGCUUGCCCCUCACCCUUCCCCCUUUCCCUACGCAGUGCAGGAAAAAUAAAAACAGGAAUUCUCGUCGGCUACAUGUGAGAGGGAAAGCUUUCCCACGCCAUCCUUGUCCAGCACGGUCGGGUUCUAUAUGUAUUGUAGGGUGCCUUAGGGAAAGCAGACUAUGAGGUCAAAAGGUUAUUACGUUACUGCAGCGUCAUUAAAAACCUAAAACCAACUGUUACUGCAUUGCGAGUGCAUUUCCCGGCUUUUUGCCUCACCCACGCUUGCGUUGGAAAAUAAAUUACAUGACAUAUUACAUUGCAAAUUACCAUACACUCCAAGUACACGCUUUGCUUGUUGUUUUUAGCUCACAGUGUAAUUAUUUUUCGCUCAAAUCCAAUCCAAUCCGUGCAUAACUACUCAUAUUGGCUGUCCAAAGCACGUGACAUCCAACGCUGCCUUCGACUAGAAGGUUGUGUCGUUACGGAGGCUUGCUACUUUCCUUAACCUAUCACUAUAUUUAACAAAUUAUCUAUAACAAGCGUGUUUACGUUAAUUGUGACUAGGGCGUGUGGUGAUUACUUCGCGGGACCUCGCAAUGCAAGUAGCCUUCCUCCAUCUCGGUGAGGUAAAUCUUAUCUUUUACAGCGUGGUCUGCUUUGCGUUCGACACCGCGUAUGUGUUUGUCAAAAAAGGCGAAAUAUUGGAUGAGUAACACGCGUUGAAAAUAAAUUAGCCACGUUUGAGAAGUAAACGAAAUACCAUAGUACUAUAUAAAGGAGCGCUUGUACAAGAGAGUUAAAUUUCGCAAGUGCUCGUGUAAGCACUGACUCUUGAAUAUACGGCUUGUCCUAUGGCGACGGUAUCGAGGAUGUUACGAAGUUAACCCUCUCCCCCCUUCACACAAAAAAUGGGAGAAAGUUCCCUCGAGAACGUCUGGAAAAUUGAGAUAUCUAUACGAAAAAAGGGAGUCAUUUCAGUAAAGGGAGCUCGGGAGUAAUUACCCUAGAGAUUUCCCUAGAUUGCAGUGACUCCCCAUUUUAGUCCCUGACCCUGAAAUUUACUCCCUAGCACCGCAAAUACUCUCUAAAGCUUCGUAUAAUAAGCUUCCAUGCAUUUAGUCCAACGGACUAAUGGUUGGGGCAAUGCAUCUAGGUCCCCAAAAUUACUAAAAUUAUCCCUUUGUUUCUUCUUUUGUCCCUAUAGUGUACGUAUAGACAGACUUCCCCAGGCUAGAUGCUCUGCUCGAUGUGCCCAUGGUUUUGUUUAUAAUUGUAAAUCCUGUAAAACAUUGCUUUUAUUUCGGCCCUUCGUCAUUGGCCAAACAGCAAUGGCUGGUAGCUUCGUGCUUCGACAGUCUGCACUCCACAGCCCACAUUUUAUCCCAGUGAAACCCAAAACAAGCGGCUAGACCCCGUGCGGCUGUUUAAGCCGUCCUUGCUGUGUACGCAUGACAAACACUGGGCCACUUGCUCGGAACUGCCAAGAGGUUAUUGUUGAACAUCCUAGUUAACCAUUUCACUUGUUGGGCUUUCGGCCACAUAAAAAUAUAUAUAUAACUUUUCGAUGCGACAGUUGGCGUGGUGAAAGCAACAGAUGUGUAUCGUGGUGUCUUUUGUCGGAGCGAGUCGCAUGUAUUAACGCUCCCUCUCCAGGUUAAACGUGUGCAAGAAGAUGUUGUAUAAAAAACCGCGGUGUGUGAUCAGUUACAUCCUACCGGAAAGUACACGUUACCAUCAUCUAUGCACACCCUCCAAAAGAAACCACCUUCCGGCUGUAUUACGUGUAUAGAACACCUUGGAAGAGAAUCUCUCUGUGUGGCGAUUAUUCCAUGAGCGACGAACUGCUGUUACAUUAGGACCCUUGUGUGUCAGUUAUUGAUUGGAUGAAUGUGAACUCCCAUCCUCAUAGAGGGAAAAUACUGGAACAAUAAACAAAGUGGCCGCCUAUUUA